GACAUUGAAUCUAGAGCAUUCUAAUCUACAGAAUUGGUGCUAUUUAAGGUUAGGUAAAAAUAUUUUUUCAUUGUGUGUCGAAAUCGCGGCUGUCAGAUUACAUUUUGUUUUGUGAUGUCAAAGUCAAUGGUGUGUUUCGUAUUUAUGCAGAAUUGAAAUUGCACUUUUCUAUUGAAUUUCGCAAUUCAGUGUUGAUUAAAAGUGGUUGACCAUAACUCCUAACAAUGGGUCCACCGAAGAAAAUAAGUAAGAAAGACUCAAAAGCAUCUGGCUCAUCAAAAUUCGAAAAGCGACGUCGUCCAGAAGACGACGCUUAUUCGCAACUGGUUGAAGAUGACAGUCCCAUUUCGGAAAGUGAUGGAAUACCAGCUGCGGCAGCAAAGAAUGCCGAAAAGAAUGACGAUGGAAUUUUGGAAGAUGAAUAUGGUGCCAAGGAUUACCGCUCUCAAAUGGAAUUAAAAUUGGAUCAUUCGUCACGACCGCUAUGGGUAGCGCCGAAUGGUCACAUUUUUCUCGAAUCAUUCUCGCCAGUGUACAAACACGCUCACGAUUUUUUGAUUGCAAUUUCGGAACCAGUCUGUCGACCCGAACACAUUCAUGAAUACAAAUUGACGCCGUACAGUUUAUAUGCAGCCGUUUCGGUGGGUUUGCAAACCAACGACAUCAUCGAGUAUUUGAAACGGCUCAGCAAAACAUCCAUACCAGAUGGGAUCAUCGAAUUUAUUGAACUUUGUACGUUGUCUUAUGGUAAAGUCAAGCUUGUAUUGAAACACAACAGGUAUUUCGUUGAGAGUCCACAUCCGGAAGUAUUGCAAAAGCUUCUAAAGGAUCCGGUCGUGCAAAACUGUCGUCUUAGACCAAAGACAGGUGAGGAAGCAGGGGAGGAUGGUUUCAUUACUUCUCUUCAAGAUAAAUCGAAACCGGCCCUGUUCGGUGCCAAGGCUCCAGCUACGGUGACUGGUGCUGGUCCAUCAGAUGGUACUGAAAAAGUCGAUGGCGACGGCAUCGUUACAACAACAGUUCCGGAAGACAUUACGAAUUUCUACGAAAAAAUCGACAAUGAAGACGAAGAAGAGGAGGCCAAUCUGAAGACCGUUUCGUUCGAGGUGAACCAAGAGAAAAUUGAAGUGUUGCAGAAACGUUGUGUCGAAAUCGAACAUCCACUUUUGGCCGAGUAUGAUUUUCGUAAUGACACUGUCAAUCCGGACAUAAAUAUUGAUUUGAAACCGACUGCAGUUCUGCGUCCAUAUCAAGAGAAAAGUCUUCGCAAAAUGUUCGGUAACGGUCGAGCUCGUUCCGGUGUCAUUGUACUUCCAUGUGGUGCUGGUAAAUCGUUAGUCGGAGUAACAGCAUGCUGUACGGUUCGUAAGCGAGCUCUGGUUUUAUGCAAUUCCGGUGUAUCCGUGGAACAAUGGAAACAACAAUUUAAAAUGUGGUCAACAGCCGACGACAGUAUGAUUUGUCGCUUUACAUCGGAAGCUAAAGACAAGCCAAUGGGAUGUGGCAUAUUGGUAACAACGUAUUCGAUGAUAACCCAUACGCAGAAACGGUCAUGGGAAGCUGAACAAACGAUGCGUUGGCUACAGGAACAGGAGUGGGGCAUUAUGGUACUCGAUGAGGUACACACAAUACCUGCAAAAAUGUUUCGUCGUGUAUUGACAUUAGUGCAGAGCCAUUGCAAGUUGGGCUUAACUGCCACACUGUUGCGUGAGGACGACAAAAUUGCCGAUCUGAAUUUCCUAAUCGGUCCGAAGCUGUACGAAGCGAACUGGUUGGAAUUGGAGAAGAAAGGUUACAUUGCUAAGGUUCAAUGUGCUGAAGUGUGGUGCCCAAUCAGUCCGGAAUUCUAUCAUGAGUAUUUGACCACAAAGACAUCGAAGAAGCUCCUGUUGUACGUCAUGAAUCCGUCGAAAGUGCGAAACACACAAUUUCUGAUCAAAUAUCACGAGAAGCGCGGCGACAAAACCAUUGUGUUCAGCGACAAUGUGUUUGCGCUCAAACAUUACGCAUUGAAAUUGAACAAACCGUACAUCUACGGACCAACAUCCCAGAACGAGAGAAUACAAAUUUUGCAAAAUUUCAAAUUCAAUCCGAAGGUCAACACAAUUUUCGUCAGUAAAGUGGCUGACACCAGUUUCGAUUUACCCGAAGCUAAUGUGUUGAUUCAAAUCUCAUCUCAUGGUGGUUCACGUCGUCAAGAGGCUCAACGGUUGGGUAGAAUUCUAAGAGCGAAAAAGGGAGCUAUAGCCGAGGAGUACAAUGCAUUCUUCUACACGCUUGUCUCUCAAGACACCAUGGAAAUGAGCUAUGCACGAAAAAGACAACGGUUCUUGGUGAAUCAAGGCUACAGUUACAAAGUUAUCACUCACCUUGCUGGUCUGGAAAAUGACAACGAUCUUUUGUACAGUACACGCGAGGAACAAGGUCAUUUAUUGCAGCAAGUAUUGGCGGCUAGUGAUAUUGAUUGUGAAGAUGAGAAAAUUCCCGGCGAAGGAGGCGUUGUUCGACCCGGUGGCUCCAGACGUAUGGGUGGAAUCAGUUCGAUGUCGGGCGGUGACGAUGCGGUUUAUUAUGAAUUUAAGCGAAAGAAUGCGCACAAUGUCCAUCCUCUGUUCAAAAAGUUCCGAGGCUAGUUAGUCACAUUGUGUGCACGUAGCGAGUACAAUAAAGAAGAUUUCAUUUU